AUGUCUUCUCCCCAGUACACCCCCGACCAACUCAAUCUAUAUCUCGAGCGCAUUCAAUAUCCCGAACCCGCCAACGCCACCCGCCUCCAAUAUGCGCAGCAGGCCAUCGCCACAGACGCCCUGGCGGCCCUGACCGAGCUGCAACGCCGUCACCUGGGCGCCAUCCCAUGGGGCAGUUCGGCGCUGCAUUAUUCCCAGCACAAGGCCAUCUCCAUCCACCCGACGGCCGUCUUUGAUAAGCUGGUCCAUCGCUGCCUGGACGGCUACUGUAUGGAGAACACGAACCUGUUCUACGGCGUCUUGCGCUCCUUGGGCUUUACGGUGUAUCCGACCGGCGGGAGGGUUUGUGAGGUUGCGGCCGGGGCGAAUCGGAAUCCGGGGAAGGAGAGGUUCUUUGCGCUGGGACAUAUGAUUCUGAUUGUGACGAUUGAUGGGAAGAAGUACAUGGUGGACGUAGGGUUCGGCAACAACGGACCGACCAGUCCCUUGCCUCUCGAGGAGGACGUCGUGUCCACCUGCAUCGCGCCCUCGGAGUCGCGACUAAUCCGCGAUAGUCUACCGGAGUUCGUAGACAAGACGCAGAAGGUCUGGAUCUACCAGAUCCGAUACACGCCGGACGGCGAGUGGCUGCCGCACUACUCGUUCUCGGAGGUGGAGUUUCUGCCGCAGGACUUCGGCGUCAUGAACUAUGCCACCAGCACGGGGCGCAACAGUUGGUUUACGCAGAGUCUCGUCUGCACGCGCGUCAUCCUGGACGAGGAGACGGGCACCCAGCCGCGGGGGCUGUAUGUUCUGGCCGGGAAGGAGGUCAAGAAGAGAGUGCAGGGGCAGACAGAGGUGGUGGCUACGUUUGAGACCGAGCAGGAUCGCGUCGCUGCGCUGGGGAAGUGGUUUGGUUUGCACUUCCGAGAUGACGAGGUGGAGGGGAUCCAGGGGUUGGUGUCCCAGAUUAAAUAG